GUAGCAGCCAUCUGCCCUCAUCCUGUCAAGUGUAACCCAGGAGUUAUAGCUUCUUCUUCUGAGACGGUGACAAGACAGAACUGCCAAAAUGGCUGACAAAAAGAUGUCCUCGAGUCGCAGAUAUCAUCUGAAGAGUUUGAUGCUCCAGAUUGCCCAGGACAGGCUCAAGCAGGAGAAACUGGACCUUGUGACUGAGAGGGAUAGUUACAUGGAUGAGCAUUGCCCAUCUCUCAGCUUGCCAUAUGGUGUGCAGGAACUCCAGGAUUUAUGCAAGAAGCUUCAUCAGACCAUUGACAAGAUUGAUGAGGAGAGAUACGACCUGCAAUCUAAGUUGACCAAGGGAACCACAGAGGUUGAAGACCUGAGGAUCAAGGUAAUAGAAUUGAAAGGUAUGAAGAAACCAGCUUUGAAGAAGGUACGCAUGUCCGCUGAUCAGAUGCUGCAGGCUUUGUUGGGCUCCAAGCACAAGGUGAACUUGGACCUCAGAGCCAACCUGAAGCAGGUGAAGAAGGAGGUCAAGCAGGAGUCUGCAGAUGUUGGUGACUGGCGUCAGAACAUUGAGGACAAGAAGGACAGGAAGAAGAUGUUUGAGGGCGCUGAGGCAUAAAUUUGAGAGACAGCAGAUGUUGGUGACUGGCGUAAGAAUGUUGAAGACAAGGCUGGCAUGGGUGGCAGGAAGAAGAUGUUUGAGGGCGCUGAGGCAUACAUUUCCUGGACUUUUUUUCCCCUGAGGUGUCUUGAAAGAACAUGUAUUGUACACACAGUCUUAGUCGUCUGAGCUUGUCUCAUCACGAACAGUUGAAGGUUAUAUGAACUGACUCAACUUUCAUUGUCCUCACUGCAUUAAUGACCAUAACACAUUCAUAGCUGAUCAUGUUCUUAUAAUAAAAAGUGAAUUAAG